AUGUUGAGUUCACCAUCCACGAAUAUGGCUGCACCUACCCAAUUUACCGACUCGCUGCUGGACUUGACGGGAUGCUGGAGGGCUGCCGAGGACGCUGACCGCCACGGCAUGAGAUCCGGAAGUCGUUACCAGAAUUUCGUCGAAGCAGUGUUGCAAGAAGCAUCGGCGCCUGUGUCUGAUACGCAGAAAGCCCGUUUGAAGAGCGCCCAGCCCGGAGCCGUGCUUUACUACAUGGACCGGGUUGGGCACGAAAGUUGGACACCGCUGCUAACAUCUUUGAGUCACAUGUCGGACGGGGGUCAUAGCGCUACUACGCCUUUGAUGUCGGUGCGGCCACUUCGUGCCUCUUUUUGCGGAAAAAACAAAAGACGACAUUUGCUCGCGAUGUUGGGAACAGAACGAUUCCUCGUGGUCCCCCUGGAAGCGAAUCAGCUGGAUAAAGCCGCGCUGUCCUUUGAAUUUAAUCAAUGGCGUUACGUGCAGUGUGGGUCCCUGGAUGUGGAUCAGCAGAAGCCCCCACCAUAUGUAGUCGAUGGUCUUUCCAAGCGAGGCGCCAGCAGCUCGGCCGCUGUUUUUGCGGAGCGCAACAAGGUCAUUCCUUUUACGAGCGAAAGAUCCAGUGCGGGCGGUUCGAGGCACCGCAGUCCCGCAGGCACUUCUCGCGCCGUUGCUAACGUCCUAUUCUUUGCAGAGAGCGGCCCCGGAUUGGACCCUCUCUCGAUCGAUGAGCUGUUUGCAAAGGUGUUUUUCCAUUACCGUGCUGUGGAUUUUUUGAACGAGCAUGGAAAACUGGUGUCUCGCAUGCGGUUGAAUUUAUCGGAAGCGGCCUACUCGGCCAAGGCCAUACCCGCGAACUGCCUACGCAAUGGCAAGGACGACCUGCGGGCUGCGGAUAGAUACGAUGGGUCCGUCCUCUGUUCGGAUGGUCUUGGAAUCAUGAGCCUGGCCCUUGCCCGACACGUGCUCGGGGCCAAGCAUGCGGACGAAAUUUCAUUCCUGCAAGUGCGCAUUGCAAACGCGAAAAUGGGCGUACUGGUCGACGUCCAUGACACGAACGAUUUGUGGAUAAACCUGCCAGAAUCGGUGCAGAAGUUUCCAGUCGUGAGCAUGACUGCAGUGCCCGAGGACGCGCGGUUUCUCCGCGUCGUGAAGAUGCAACUGCGCACGGAGAACCUGAGAAACGAUUACAGCAUGCCUUGGGAAAUGGUGUUGGUGCUCGCCGGCGUCGCACACACCUCGGGACGACAAGCAGACUUCGAGUCCCUGCUCCGUGCCCGACAGCGCAAGCGAAUCGACGAAACCGGGCGAGGUUUGUUCAUGGAGCUGCAAGAAGCAGUGACCUUGCGGGCAAGGCUCAAGAACUGGUCGGAAAGGCUGCCGGCAGCCGGAGCAUUUGGAUCGAAGAGAGGUUACAAGGAGGAUUUCAAGCAGCUUGCGACCACGGCCCUGGAAGGCCUUGACCGAAAUUUUGCCGAAGGUUGCAGGGUAGCGCGCAGACUCGCACGAGAGCUGGAGCUGGUGCCAAGCGUGAAGCGAUUUCAGCCGCUCCGCGUAGCUGAGCAAGCCUACCGCCCCUUUGUGGCGCCCGACAUGGACCAGCGGUUGCCCGUGGAUCGUGUGCUCUGGAAGCGCAACGGACUCUUCUAUUCCGGCACGGUUGGUGUCAUGAAAAAUCCGUGCAAGUUGCUGACCGGUUUUCAAAAGUACCGGGGCGUGAGCGAACGCGAGGUCAAGGAGUUGUUUCCACGUGGCGGGCCAUCGUACGCUUUUGAGAAUAUCCUGAUCAUGCCCGCCAAGGCCCGGAACGGUCGCUGGGUGUUUGAUUUCCACGCGGGGAUGGAUGCCGACGGUGACGCACCGCUCGUUCUUGAAGAUGAGGAGCUCUUGCGCUUGCUGACGCCCAUUCUCGAGGAGUCCCAGCAAAUACAGGAGCUGCAGCAAGUGGUGAAGGAAAUAGAUACUAGCCAGCUGCCGUCCGUCGUCGAUUGCCGAAGAGCGUCCAGCUCGCGACAAGCGUUGUCUGAGGCUAUUACAGCCGAAAUCCACCGGGACGCAGGUGAGCAAUGGCUUCCGCUUUGCGAUACCGCCUGGACGAUCGCGGCAGAUAGGCACGGGGUGCAGCAUGCAGCAGCCGAGGCUUUUGGCUUUUUCUGCGGCUUGGCCGUCGACAAGAAGUUGCCGAACUCUCUUGUCUGUGACUGGUUGAGUGCGAACAGAUCGUAUCAGCAAUAUUGGCCUGGAGGAACUCGAACUACGGAGUUGCGGCCUCGGUGGUAUUUGGAGUACAAAGGUAACAAGCUUGCCUUUCGAGGCCACCAGUGUGACACAAGCGUGCUUCAUCGUUUGUGGCAGUUUUCGGUGGACUUGGCAAAGGGCCUUGAUCCAUAGCACCCGCUUUGGUAAAAGAUUGUGAAACAACUUCUCUGGUGUUGUGCGUUUAUGCGCGAUCUUUUUUCAUUUUUAUAUCCGUGUCCCUCAGAAGUGGUGAUUCCCAUUCAUUGCAGUUGACGAAAUUUUUUCAACACAUGCUGACGUUUUGUUUCUCAGGAAGCAACGCAAUCAAAAGCAGCCUGUUGUGCAACAUGUGAUUUUCGUCGUGGAUGACCAUCGGCUGGAAGUAGGAAGCGGUCUUUGUUGAUUCCGGUGUUUAUUCGCUCAAAGAGAUCAUGUGCGUGUUUUUAGCGA